GCUUCGGGUAACUGACUCUGCGUCAGUUAGAGGAGCCGCUGCUGCUGCUGAGCACGAAAACGGAAAGAUUUAUAAACUGGGGCCACGAAGAGUAAUAAUUCCUCAUUUAAACUUAAAUCUUUCAGGAGGAAUAAACCCGUUCCCGGCCCUACGCACUCGAGUGUAACUCUGGGCAGCAGCAGCAAUGUCGGGCACCUAUGAUGACUCCAUGAUCGAUGUCUCCAGCGACAGCUUCUGGGAGGUUGGCAACUACAAGCGCACGGUGAGACGGGUAGACGAUGGCCACCGGCUCUGUGGCGACCUCAUGAACUGUCUCCACGAGCGGGCACGCAUCGAAAAGGCCUACGCACAGCAGCUCACAGAAUGGGGGAAGCGCUGGCGACAACUUAUAGAGAAAGGCCCUCAGUACGGUUCGCUGGAGCGAGCUUGGUCCGCCUUGUGCACCGAGGCGGAGAAGGUGAGCGAGCUUCACAUGGAGGUGAAAGCGGCUUUGAUGGGAGAAGACUACGAGAAGCUGAAGGGCUGGCAGAGGGACUCCUACCACAAACAGAUGAUCGGCGGCUUCAAGGAGACUAAAGAGGCAGAGGAUGGCUUCCGCAAGGCUCAGAAGCCCUGGGCCAAGAAACUGAAGGAGGUGGAGACCAUGAAGAAAUCUUACCACUCCGCCUGCAAGGAAGAGAAACUGGCAGCUAGCCGAGAGACAAACAGCAAACUUGAGAGCAACAACAACCCCGACACCCAGAAGAAACUCCAGGAAAAGGUGGAGAAGUGUCAGCAGGAGGUGCAAAAGACUAAAGAACGCUACGAGAAAUCUAUAGACGAGCUCAACAAGCUGACCCCUCCGUACAUGGAGAACAUGGAGCAGGUGUUCGAGCAGUGGCAGCAGUUUGAAGACAAACGGAUUAACUUUUUCAAAGAGCUGCUACUGGAGGUUAAACAGCACCUGGACCUGUCGAGCAAUCACAGAUUCCAGACAGUUUAUCACACACUGGAAGACACAAUCUCUGCUACUGAUGCUGAAGAAGACCUGAAGUGGUUCCGGUCCAACCAUGGCCCCGGCAUGCCGAUGAACUGGCCCCAGUUUGAGAAUUUGGACUGGUCCCAUCCUCGCUCCUUUAAGAGAAGGUCCAUUGUAGACUGGUCUAUAGACAUAAACCGAACCCUGAGCCGACGAGAAAAGAAGAAGCCAUCGGAGGGCGUCAUGCUGACGGGCAUCAAUCAAACUGGGUCAGACCAGCCGGCCAAGACCGGCAGCAGCCUGACUGUGCCCAGUCAAACAGCGCCAGUGGGCUCGAACCCGUUCGAAGACGACGACGACGAAGAAGAGGAGGAGGAAAUUGCCGUGGAACAGCAAACCACAGUCAACCACAUCAGUGUGAAUAAAGAGGAAAUACAAACCGCGAGCAGCGUGGAGAAGACCCCGGACUGGUCGGACGAAGACACGAGUUGCAACCCUUUCUCCACCAACGGGGACGGCAGCGGUGACGGUAACCCGUUUGAGGACGAGCCGACCUCUCCUGUCGUGUCCGUGCCCGUCAGAGCUCUUUACGACUACGAAGGACAGGAGCAGGAUGAGCUCAGCUUCAAAGCAGGUGAAGAAUUUACCAAAAUAGGCGAAGAAGACGACCAGGGUUGGUGCAAAGGCCGACUCAAGGGUGGACAAACGGGCCUCUAUCCUGCUAACUACGUGGAAGACAUCCAGUAAUGAAUUACCACUGUGAAGAAAGAAGGAAGUGUUGUUUUUGUUUUUCUUUUUUUAAGAAUGGACAGUGCAGAGUGGGAGAAGGACCGAGAGCAGAGAUUAUUAAAGGACCACUUGAAAUGUUGUUGCUUCCAACAGAUUGACCCUCUUAGAAAGUGGAAAUCAACCACAAGGUUCCAGAUGAUUCCAGGGAGAUCACAGAGAACAGUUGCUGUCAGUGUAAGAUAUGUUAUAUGUUACUUAGAAUCCCAUUUAUGCUGUUACAAAAGUAGCUAUCCAAGCAUAUAUUAAAUGAGACUCAAUGAAAUGUACAUGUGAAUUUAUAUAUAAACAAAACACUGGGAUGACAUGCAGCCUUAAUAUGCAACCCACCUUUUAAUUCAUCAAGGGAGACAAGUCUUUUUUUAUAUAUAUAUAUAUAUAAAUAUAUAUAACUUUAAUGAACCAUUUCUGCCUACAGAAUCCAGUCCAUACACGUUUGAUUUAUUGGACCUUUGUAUCGAGAUGAUUGCGUCUGAAUUCGAUUUUAAACUAAUAUGUGUCAUUUAACAUUCCUUUCGGUUUGUAAAUGCUCUGGUUAUUUUAUAAGGAAUGAAAAAGAAAAAAAAGAAGAAUCAGUAAAGCCUUAGCCUGUAGUCGUUCAUGGACACGUUUCCUCGAGUCACUGCAGCUGAAUGUAUAUCCACUGAUUGUACCUUCUCAUUUAUAUUGACUGUUAACUGUUGAUGAUGCUGGAUUUUUACAGCCACUCGCCCGUUUUCCCACUUUUGAAACGCCUGUCCUCGCACAAGCCUCCCUCUCGUCCUGUUGAUGACAGAAUGUAACAUUUAUGGGUUAUAUUUCACGCAACACUGAAAGCUUUUCAAAAAAAGUCUAUCUCACUUGAAUCUCCAUAUUUUAGUUCUCUAUUUGUGUACAAGACAAGUUACAGCAAUAAAACCCACACGGCUAGUACGCUAUUGCAAACAUGCAUGUAAAUAGCCUGGAAUUAAAACAUAUUAGAAUAAAUGAAGCAUUGCAAUCAGAUGAUAUGCAGUUUGGAAAUUGAUGAUUGUUAAUUUAUGAUGCCACAAGUGCUUUUGCUCGACCUAGAAUGCUGUGACUGCGAAUCAGUUUGUACAUUAAUUGAAUGUUUUAUGGCGAAUAUCCCACGAGUCUGUCAUUUUGUUAUAUUUGUAAAUAUGAUUGUAUUUUUUUUUUUUUUUUUCCUGCACAGCGGGCCAUACACAUUGAACUAUUAGAUGAAUGGAUGUUUUAAUGACCUUAAUUCAUAUUUGGACCUUUUUGUUUUUUGUUUUUUUUUUGUGAGCAGAGAUUAACUGCAGAUGCUUCUCCUGCACAAUCUCCAAAUUCAUAAAUGCCUAAUGUAUCAAUUAAAAUAGAGGGGGGGAAAAAAAGAAGCUAUUUUAUGCCUUCAACUUGCAGCCGAAGAAGAAGAUAUAUGUUUUGCCGUGUUUUCAGGGCUCUCGAAUGCAGCAACAGCUGUACUUGCACAGUAAGGUCUGUAAAUGUCACACAAUAUAAUAAAUAAAUCUAUUGGAGAAAAUA